UGGACUGUGAAGCAUUUCAUGCAGCAUGGGAUCAGUCAGCAAGUACUUGUUCCAUAGAGUACUAGUACUAGCAUCCCGAGCAUGCUUGCAUGUUGUGCGGGACUGACGUCUGCAGCAUGAACUUCCGUGCAAGAAGAGCAACCUUGCCAGCCAUCACGCCUCUUUGUCUGCACAAGCGGGUGAUUAAGAUUUAUAAUGAAGAUAACUCCAGCAGAGCAGUGGAGGUAACCAGCGACAUCGCUGCCCGAGAUGUUUGUCAGCUGUUUGCCUGGAAGAGUCACUGCAUGGAUGAACACUGCCUGACUCUAUACGAGCACCUCCCCCACCUGGGCAUAGAGCGGACCAUUGAGGACCAUGAGUCCAUCAUGGAGGUGACAUCCAGCUGGGGGAUGGACGCAGACAAUCGGCUGCAUUUCAGGACCAAUUUCGCCAAAUAUGAGUUCUUCAGGAAACCGCUGGACUUCUUCCCUGACCACAUGGUGUCCAUAUCUGGUGAAAGCAACCGAGUGCUGGAUCACUCUCAGCUCGUGCAGAUGUUCAUCAGCUCCAGCACCUGCCCGGAGAUCCAUGGACACCUCCACAGCAAAGACGCAAGCAGGAAGUCCUGGAAGAAGUUGUACUUCAUCCUGCGGAGGUCGGGGCUUUACGUCUCCAAUAAAGGGACUUCCAAGGAGCCGUGGCAUCUGCAGUUGAUGGCUGACUUUAGCGACUGCAAUUUCUUCACCGUUUUGUCAGCCAAGAAACUUCACGGAGCUCCAAAUGACUUCGGCUUCUGUUUGAAGCCCACGAAAUGCUCUUCAUUGCGAGACAUGAAGCUCCUGUGUGCGGAUGACGAACAAAGCAGGACGUGUUGGAUCACGGCCAUGCGCUUGUUUAAGUACGGGAUGCAACUGUACCACAACUUCAUGCUGCCACCCAACAAACAAAAACCCUCUCCAAUGAGAAGCAUCUCCGAGAACUCGCUGGUGGCCAUGGACUUCUCAGGCCAAGGGAGUCGUGUGAUUGAGAACCCGUGUGAAGUUCUAUCCGUGGCUGUGGAGGAAGGCCUAGCAUGGCGGAGGAAGAGCUGCCACCGUUUGAGUGCACAUGGAAGCCCGUCUGCAUCCCACACCUUCCUCUCAUCUCCAGCUGUCCAUUUAGCUCAGCCCUGGUUCUACGGCAAACUGUCACGGGAUCAUGCCCAGCGUCUCAUCACCCAGCAGGGUCCUGUUGACGGAUUAUUUCUUGUGAGGGAAAGUCAGAGCAAGCCCAAGACGUUUGUGCUGUCACUCUGCCACACACACAAAGUCAAACACUUCCAAAUCCUACCCGUGGAGGAUGAAGGCGUCUUCCUCUUCAGCCUUGAUGAUGCUCAGACGCGCUUUGCAGACUUGACUCAACUGGUGGACUUUUACCAGCUAAACCGUGGCGUGCUGCCCUGCACGCUCAAACAGCACUGCACCAGGACCACCCUGGGACCCUGAUGGGCCCAGAGACUCCCUCCAGUUUGCGGACCGUAUUCUCCAGUGUUCUGGGUACGCUGUUGAUAAA